AUAUUAAGCAAAGCCGCACCAUUCUCUCGUCUUCAAAGAUAUGACACCCUAUCCAAAUUCAUAACCAAACCCUAAAAAGUAACAAUUCCACUUUCAUUUUUCAAUCCUAAAAAAAAAAACCUAGAAAAAUUAAAAGAAAUCCAUUUUCAAUAUCAAAAACCUGUUAUUUAUCCUAAUAUCAGUAAUUCGCACCAUUAUCAGCUCAUGGACCUUCAACGAGCCAUGCUAGAUGAACUCAUGGGUGCAGAUCGUAAUUUGACGGAGGAAGAGAGAAAAGAUUACAAGGAAAUAACAUGGGAUUCAAAGGAGGUUUGUGCUUAUUAUAUGGCUCGGUUUUGUCCUCAUGACCUCUUUGUCAACACCAAAAGUGAUAUUGGACCAUGUGAUAGGGUUCAUGAUCCAAAGUUGAAAGAAAGCUUUGAGAAGUCCCCAAGACAUGAUGCAUAUCUGGCUAAAUUUGAAGCAGAACUUGCUCAGAGAUGUGAGAAAUUGGUUAUGGAAUUGGAUAGAAGAGUUAGGCGUGGACGAGAACGCCUGGCACAAGGGGAUGAACCUAUGCCACCUCCUCCGCUGUCAGCUGACAAGUCCGAACGAUUAUCUGUGGUGGAGGAGAAAAUAAAAAACCUGCUGGUGCAAGUGGAGGCCCUUGGCGAAGUUGGGAAGGUGGAUGAAGCUCAAGCGCUUAUGAAAAAGGUGGACGAACUUAAUGCUGAGAAAGCAUUGAUUCAAUGCCAGAAUGAUAAAGUAUUGGUGGUUCCACAGGAGAAAAAGAUGGCUUUGUGUGAGAUUUGUGGUUCCUUUCUGGUUGCAAAUGAUGUUGCAGAGAGAACCCAGUCUCAUAUCACAGGGAAGCAGCACAUCGGAUAUGGGAUGGUCCGGGAUUAUAUCACCGAGUACAAGGAAGCUAAGGAGAAGGCAAGGGAAGAGGAAAGAUUAGCAAGGGAAAAAGAAGCCGAAGAACGGAGGAAACUGAGGGAGAAGGAAAAUGAGAGUAGGAGGAGUGGUUCAGGUGAUAGAGAUCGGUAUCAUGAUCGAGAUAGAGAAAGGGAGCGGGACAGGCACCGAGAUCGUGAAAGGUCAAGGGAGUGGAAUGGUAGGGGUAGUCGAGAUGAUUGGAGGGCUAAGAAUGGAAGGGAUGGUGGCAGGGAUAGGCACCGUGAUCGGAGCAGGUCAUGUUCCCCUGUUAGGCAUGGUCGCAGGAGGUCACCUAGAAGUCCAGUUCGCCCAAAUUAGAGGAUUAUGUUCAUAGAUAUCUGAGUUUAAAAUUAUAUGAGGUAGACUUUUUUAAUCUCAAAGUUUCAUGAACAUGUGCUUUUGGAGACUCACGUUAAAUGUCAUCAUGGGUAAAAAAUUUCUUGUUAUCUCACAGCUUUAUUGAGAGUUUACCUCACUUUCAUCAAAUAUUAUUAGAGGAGAAAAGGGUUGAGGUAGGUAUUACUUAAUGCUGUUGUAACUAUUUUGUGUUCUUUUUGGACUUUGUUUGAACAAAUUUUUUACGCCUGUCUCUGGAACAUUGAUUCAUUGUCUA